UCAGGAAUCAUAUAUCCAAAAAAAAUUGUUACGCCACGCCCACUAGAAGUUAUUCAGAGAAUCCAUCUACUGCAGUAAUGGAUGAACAGGGGAAGAACUAUGAAACUAAAGUUUCAAAUGAUGAAAAUACCUUUCAUUCUGAAAAGAAAGCAGAUCCUUUGAAAAGUGAUCAAACUCAGCAAAAUGGUGACAUUGGUCUUGGUGCACCAGAUCAUUCAAACAUGGUUGAUCAAGCUGCAAUUGAAAUAGCUGCUAAUAAACUCAUUGCUCAAUUAAGUGAUCCUGGGAAAUUUAGUUAUCUUGGAUUAUGUAGCACUGUUCUCUCAUUACUGUUUGGAUCUCCAGAGGAUAAAGUCUAUCGACAUAAGACAGUCUACUCAUUGGUCAAACAUGUUCAACUUGAAAGCAAUUGUUAUCCAACAAUGGUUGCUAUAUCUGAUGGAAUGAGCAGUCAUACCGGAAGUGAUGUUUUCAUAAAAAGUCUUUUAACAGAAAAAAUGCUUAAGAAUAGACCUGUUACAAUUGCUGAAGAUCUUGUACUCUGGGCUUUGCUAUCUGGCACAAGUGAUGGCACAAAUGCAAAUCUCAGAGGACGUUAUGAUGCCAGAACUCGUAUAUUAAUACGCCACAUCACAUGGCAGUUACAUAUUGUUCUUGAAGAUUUAGAAUCUGUUGAACAUGAAAUGGUUAAAAUGUUGGAAGCUUGUACUGAAAAAGAGAAAUCGGAACAAGAGGAAGAUAGGCGACGGAAUGAAAGAAACCGAAAAUGGAAAAGAUAUGCUUUGAUUGGGCUGGCAGCUGCAGGUGGUGGUGCUAUAAUUGGGUUAACUGGUGGUCUUGCUGCUCCAUUAGUAGCUGCUGGUGCAGGAACAAUUCUCGGUGCAUCAUCUGCUGCUGCACUUGGUUCUGUUGCUGGAUUGGCAAUUAUUACUUCAUUGUUUGGAGCUGCAGGUGCUGGUCUCACUGGAUACAAAAUGAAACGAAGAGUGGGUGGAAUUGAUGAAUUUUUAUUCCGACCUUUAACCCCGGGAAAAGAACUCAACAUCACUAUUGCAAUAUCGGGAUGGUUGUCAAGUACCCAAGGCCAUGGUGAUUUUGCAAUACCAUGGACAACCCUGCGACAAAGUCAUGAACAAUAUUAUGUUGUUUGGGAAUCAGAACACCUCAUAAGAUUAGGAAGUGCAUUGGAAUAUAUUCUUGAUAGUCUUGUUACUGUAGCUGCUAAUGAAGCUUUAAAAUAUACUGUUUUGUCAGGAUUGGUUGCAGCAGUUGCAUGGCCUGCUUCAUUAUUGGGAGCCGCAAGUGUUAUCGAUAAUCCAUGGAGUGUUUGCUUGCAAAGGGCUACGCAGGUUGGAAAAGAACUAGCUGAAGUAUUGCUUUCUCGGCAGCAUGGACAUCGUCCUGUAACAUUAGUUGGAUACAGUCUUGGUGCUCGUGUUAUAUUCCACUGUUUGGAAGAAAUGGCAAAACGCAAAAAUCAUUCAGGAAUAAUAGAAGAUGUUUAUUUGCUUGGAGCUCCAGUUACUGGGUCUGCAGAGAAAUGGGCAGAAUUUUCCACAGUUAUUGCUGGUCAUAUAACCAAUGGAUAUUGCAGGUCAGAUUGGUUGCUCAAGUUUUUGUAUCGUAGUAGCUCGAGACAGACAGAGGUUGCAGGUUUGCAACCAGUAGAAUCGGAAAAUAGAAGAAUGAUUAAUAUUGACCUUACUUCAGUUGUUGAAGGACAUCUCGAUUAUCGGAAAAAUAUGCCAACUAUACUCUCAGCGGUCGGCCUGAGGUCAAAUUCUGAUGCCUCAGAAUUGGCAAAUAAAUUAUCCAACACAAACCUGAAAGCAAGGAAAUCACAAAGUAUGCCUGUGAUUACAAAUAAAACAGUAGAUUCUGAAAAAAUUCCUCGAUCAGAGUCGCUCAUAUCAAGUAUAGAUUCACGUGGAAACAUGGGGGAAGAAUCAAACCAGGCAAACUCUUCGAGCAGUUGUUGUGACUUAUAUGAAAGUAAACACCAGUCUGACACAGCCGUACAAAAUGAGAGCCAGAACAUAAAUACCUAUAAGUCAAAUCAUUGUGAUCAAAUUGCAGUAUCUGAUGACGCCAAUGACAAUGUUCCAAUGUUGAAAAAUAAAAUUUGAUUAUUGUAAUUGGUGAGAGUUUUGGUAUUUAUUUUAUAUUUCAAUCAUUAAGAGUAAUUAUAACAUGUUUAAAGGGAUUUUGUGCAAUAGAAAUUGGUGUGAUUCUCAUUUUUAAAUAUUUAUGAUUUAUUGCCGUAAAGAGUUUUAACGGAAGUUUAUUUUUCAUUAGAUAAGGCAUGGAUAUGUAUUUUUGAUUGGUUUUAAAAUUAUAUUUAGUAUUUGCCAUGUAUUAUUUAAAUGGUAUUGAAUUGAGCCAACCAUAAGCAACUUGAAUUUGUGUUGAUAUCAGCAUAAUUGAUAUGGGAAGGAAUCGGUGUUUACUUUCUUUGUAUUGUUUUAUUUGUGCUUCUUAGUUGUUUAUGUGAUGGCGAACAACAGGCUAUGAGAUUUAGCAAACAUUUCCUAAUGAUGAAAUUGUCCAUGUGGAAAAAUAUACAAGCUAAGUUGAUCUAUUAAUGUUCUAUUAUAAACCUCAUUCGAACAGUAUAACGCAUGAACUGUAUUUUAUACUUGAUAUCCUAAACUAAUCUAUAUGAUUAUUUUCCUGAUGGCUUGUAGCAAUGAUACAUGGUACAUGCCUCCUUUAAAAAUAUAUAUAUAUAGACUAUAAAAGAAUGUUUUAAAUAUGAAUUAUUUAACUAUCAUCCAACAUUGUGAAUUUAUUAGUGAAAUUUCAAGAUUUUUUUGCCUCAUGGCACUAGUGAAUAGUAUGGUUUGAAGUAUUUCAUUGAAAGAACACAAGUAUAUAUCAAUCUUACCAUACAGUUUCUUGAAUAUUUUGAUAAAAUUAUGUCUGCCAAAUCUAAUCAUAUAAACUUGCCUUGGAAAUGACUGGAAAUUUGUCUUAUUAUGUUUUGAAAGUGUUAGCUUAUUAUAUUAUUUCAAUGACUAAAUGAUCGAUAUAUACUGGUUUGAAAGUGAAAGAAAACGGAAGUUUUUUCCCUCCUAUAUUGCAAUCAUGAAUCUUCGUUUGUACUGACUUUCUCUUUUAGUAUAUCACAUUCCAAAUUCACCAAAUUUUUCAUUUAUAUGUUCCUCUAACCUUGUGUCUGCCUUCAGUUAAAAUUAUGUUUUAUUUCUUCGAUAACGGUGCAAGAUAUUGAUUGUUAUUCAAAUGACUUCUUUUUUAAUUUAUUUCCCUAAAUUGAUGAUAUAACCUGAGAUUUUGUGAUUAUGGGAUGUCAGCACUCAUCAA